CAUUCAUUCACUUGUGACUAGAAUUCCGGUCUCGUCGUUCACAGUCAAUCCACUCGUCAAGUAUGGCAGAUCGGCAGUCCACCGAGCAAGUGCUGGCCGAGCUCCGUGAAGCAAGACGCCGCCUCGCUACCAUCUCGCACGCAUCGCCACUGCCACCGCUGCUCCCAACAAGUCACUCUAGCGCGGGUGGUCGAGCCAGCAUGGGCAGUGGUAGGAUGGGUGGACUUGCAUUCGGCCACGAGUACCACCAGCAGCUGUAUGACGAUCACCGACGCUCCGCCUCGUCCUCCUCGUCCGCCACUUCCUUCGCCGGUGCGCCGAGCCUUGCUGCUGGAUGGAACACUGCGGGGUACGGAUCUGCUGCCCGCGAUGGCCAGGACGAUCUGCGCGCGUCGCUGAACGCGAGCCUGGACGAGCACCAGCAAUUGCUCGACCGGAUUGACGCGCUGUCACUCCCAAGCACGCCGUCAACCCGCUAUCAGAGCAGCAAUACGAGUCAUGCUCAUGGUAGCAGUACUGGUAAUGGCACGAGCUACACUUCCAGCAGCAGGAAACAAAAGGACUCGAACGUUUCGUAUCCCGUCAAGCUCAGCGCUGAAUAUGGGUUGUUGUGGCCUGCUACGUUCGGGUACCGUCCAGAGUCGAGUUACACUGGGACUCGAGAUGGUCCAACCGGAAACGCGGGGUAUGCAAACCAUCAGUCUACGCCUCGUUCUGAAACUCACAAGGGCAAAGGUCCACUUCGACCAGCUUCCACCGCAGCAGCUGCGGGAGCCUCACCGACAGUGCACCGGGCUUCAGCAGACUCGUUGGUUUACAAGGCUUACUCCGAGCAGCCAGCAGCACAACCAGCGAGCAGCAUGCCUCGGCAAGCAUCAUCAUCAUCAUCAUCAUCAUCAUCAUCAUCAUCAUCAUCAUCAUCAUCAUCAUCAUCAUCAUCAUCAUCAUCAUUAACAUCAUCGUCGUCGUCAGGGCAGGUGCGAGUCCAGUCCAAUCUUCAGUCAUGGAUUUCCAACGGAACCACACCCAGCAAAGCGGCCCAGUCUGCUCCAUCCACGACCUCGACGCCGAAACGCGCUUCGGCUGCAUCGGCACAUCCUCGCACGGCUGACAGCACCCCCAAUCAGAACAGCAAACCAGGGCACGAUUUACCCAGCCCAUUGUCUUUGCCUCCAUUGGUCGCCAGCCUUUCGGACUUGCGGGGCGAGACGCAGCAUUGGCUCGCAUCGCUUCACGAGGAUUCGGACAUUCGCUUUGCACGCGAGGCUGUGCGAUUGCUCGCCCUCGUUCGCGGGCACGCACUGCAGCAGCGAGUGUUAGAUGGGUUGCGCGUCAAUGCAGCCUUUACUGCUGGUGCCAGCGACGCUCGGGAACACCAAGCCUCAAAGACGACGGAAGCCAACGGUCAUGUGCAUCAAGCUGGCCGGCAGCCAGUCCACCAUCAGCACCAUCAGCAGCAAACGGAAGAGAGCCAUGGGGACCACACUGUCUACAACGACCAGGGCGACUCCAGCGAAGAAGAAGACGAAGAAGAAGAAGAAUCUGACGCUGAUAUGUCUGACAGCGAGACGGACGACCAGAGCGACGCCUUCGCUACCACUCAGCAGCCCAGUUCUUCGUUGCUCUUCGUAUCGGAUGAGCGUGCAGUCGACUCUGUUAUUGCCUCGCUUCCAAUCGAGCACCUUGGUGUCAUGUCCGAGUCGCAAGUGGGCACCCUGCACGCCAUCGCAACACAAGUUCGCCGCUUCCUGCGCGAAACAGUGCGUGCCCGACCCAACGCCGUCCUUGAUUCCGUGCUGUUGGAGUACUGCGCUCGCUUGGUGCUCCAACUCGUCCAACAGAGUGAGCCUCGCCAACAACAAGUCCGGAAAACGCGGCGAUCUUUGCCAUCAGACGCAAGGCAGCAAGAGCAUGAGCAAGAGCAAAGGCUGCAGCACCAUCGAAAACGGGUUGAUCAUCGAUUGCGGCUGGAUCUUGUCAACGCUUGCUCCACGUUGGUUUCUCUUCCCCUCGAGAAGUGCGCGGACGCUAUUGUGCAAGCUGCGGCCGCAAGCCUUGCCCAGCGGUUGCCAUUGCGGGAUCAACCUGCUUUUGAACCACAGACCUUGUCGCCUGAAGACCUUGCCACCAGGCGCACUCAGCGCGUCGUUGAAGCGCUUUUGGACGACUUGUCGUCGGGUGAGGAGCGUUCUUCCCAGUCUGAGUCGAGCGAUGACGAUGACGAGUACCUCGACUCGCAGAAUCGUGUCAUUCCCCGUGCCAAACAGCAUAAUAGGCAGCAGCACCGAUGAUUUGGCACGCGCUGCAUGUCGGUUUCCUCGGUUCCAAUUUCGUAUUCAUCCAUCUC